GGCUGUGGCUGGUUCUUUCUCGGUUGGACGCUGCGGUUGGCUUGAACAGUGCCGAUGACAGCCAGCUACCGCGAUUGCUGUCUGAGGAAGGACUUUUCGGUGCCACCGUGUGACAUGGAAUGGGUGAGGUGACAUUCGGGUUGUGCACAAGCAAAAUGACUGACUGGUGUGGAACUCUGUGUGAUGCUGCGCCAGUCCUACUAGCCAAUGCAGUGUCUAGAUGGGGCAUGGGAUGAGAACAUGAACAUAAGGAUUCAUCCGCACAGAGGGUGUGAGGAUAUACGAAUAGGGAUGCUACCCCAUCAUUGCCAGCAAGCGGAAGGCGAGAGUGGAGAGGAUUGAGAGAAUGAGGGCCGUUACGGUUGAAGUACAAUGCUGAUGCCAGCAGUGGUAACGUAGCCAAUGUGAAUUGUGAUGAAGUCAAUACAGCAUCAGUUGGUAAUCAGCUUCUACAGUUUCUGGCUGUACCUUUGCGGGAAAUCUGGACAGUCGCAGUCAGUUUAUCAGGAACAAUCGAGCUAGUGACACGAAUCUUUCUAUUCCCGUGCGUUGAACGGUAAUGCGGUUGGUCCGGUCCGGUCCGUGAUAGUUCAGUUAGGCGUCGGCUGGGCGAAUAGUCUGUUAGUAGUGAAGGUGUGCAUUGUGAUUGCUUUUGUGGCAUUCUGUGCCAAAGAUUGUGAGAUCUGGAAUACAAUUAUCAUUGAAAUACAAACGGAGCUUUGGUGAAGGUUGUGCGCGCUAAUGACUGCCAGGAAAUCAUAAGUGCUGUGAUUGGUUAUUAAUGUUCCGGAUUACGACAAGUCAAUAAAUUCUCAAUCACGUUGGAUUUCAAGUUUGUUUGGCAACCACGAAGAAUGGGAACAGGUGACAGAUUACUCGACAUUCCAUGCAAAGUAUGCGGAGAUCGAAGCUCAGGAAAACAUUAUGGAAUCUAUAGCUGUGAUGGUUGUUCUGGUUUCUUCAAACGUAGCAUACACCGGAACCGGGUGUACACUUGUAAGGCAGCUGGCGAACUGAAGGGACGCUGUCCGGUCGACAAAACCCAUCGUAAUCAGUGCCGCGCCUGCAGACUAUCCAAGUGCUUCCAAUCGGCGAUGAACAAAGACGCCGUCCAACAUGAACGAGGACCGCGAAAGCCGAAACUACAGCACCUCCCGCCGAACGGAGCGCAUCCACAUCACCUUGGCGGGCCAUUUGUGAACACGUCCUCCUACAGUCAUGUGCCACAUUUUGCCAGUAUGCAUCACGCAAGCAUGCAGCAAAACUCGAUGCUGCAUCAUCCACAACCUCUCUCGUUUGCCCCCCUUAGUCAUCCUAUGCCACCUAAUUUGCUUCAACAUGUGAAAUUGGAACAGACAAAAUUCGAGUUUGCAUCUGCCAACAACUCUCAGAUACCACCCAACUUAUUGCCACCGGUUAAGAUAGAACAUACAAGACUUCCUUCGUUCGACUUUUCGCCUUCCAGCCAGCGAUUCUAUAAGCCUUUGGAACAACUGCCACCCUCUCCCACCGAUUCCAAAAGUUCCAUCAGUGUCGAUUCUCCAUCCGAAAGCAUGACCAGCCCUCAACCUUCCACCGUAGAUUGCGGGUCAAGUGUCCUCAGCCCUACUCCAAUCAAUGCCAGUAACCUCAGUCUACCUUCGCCACUCUCUCAGAACGGAGUUUUAGACAUUCUUAUGGGUUCUGACAAGUGCCAGGAGUUCCUUCAGUACCAAAUACACAACAACAACCUGAUGUUUCCAAGCUUCAAUCUUCCGGAAGGUGGGGGCCCUGUUCCGCCACCACCUCCUCCACCUCCCUUAAUUCAUCAUCCAACGGUGUUACCUCCCGGUAGUCCUGGGUUACGUUUGCCGACAUGGGAGAUUCUGCAGGAAACCACAGCCCGGUUGCUCUUCAUGUCAGUUCGAUGGGUACGGUGCUUGAUUCCGUUUCAAACGUUGUCCAAAAACGAUCAACAUCUGCUGCUACAGGAGUCCUGGAAAGAACUAUUUUUGCUCAACUUCGCCCAGUGGAGCGUUCCGUGGGAUCUCAGCGCGCUGCUCGAGAGUCCACAGGUGCGGGACCGUUUGCCCCAAGAUCCGGCCACCCAGAUGGAGAUGAAAACAAUGCAGGAAAUUCUGUGCCGCUUCCGGCAGAUCGGUCCCGACCUAAGCGAGCUUGGCUGUAUGAAGGCGGUGAUCCUGUUCUCCCCUGAAACAUCCGAACUGUGUGACGUCCAGCCGGUGGAGAUGCUACAAGAUCAGGCCCAGUGCGUACUGUCGGAUCACGUACGCGUCCGUUAUCCACGGCAGCCGACUCGCUUCGGGCGUCUCCUACUCCUGUUGCCCUUGCUGCGAACAAUCCGCUCCGCAACCAUCGAAACACUGUUCUUCAAGGAAACGAUAGGUAGCGUACCCAUUUCUCGCCUUCUGAUCGAUAUGUACCAAAUGGAAAAAUACACCGAGCUGGAAACCAACGCAGCUGGAUCUAACAACGUCCCAACUCUCGUCAAACCUUAGUCACCUCAUUUUCCCCCACAACCCCCCGGGAAAACGUCCGACCACUUGAACAAAUUUUUAAUUUGAAAAAACACCCUGGAAAUAUGUAAUCUUCUCAUUCAUUUCCAUUGUCUGUGCCUCACACGCUGUUUUUCAAAGAACCACCACGACAUAUGCUGCAAAAGGUGAGUGCAGUGAAAGUUCAACAUGUUCAAAAGAGCAGCGACGGAGAAAAAAAUAUGUUUUCCCCCAACGCCCCAGGAUAUUCGAGUUUUAUCCCGCUGAGCACGUACAUUUUAUCGACUCGUACUGCGAGUCAGAGGCUUUGCGGGUGGAUGACACCACCGCUUCUGCCAGAUAACAGCGACAAUCUCGAAAUCAAACUCUGUGUCGACGUUCUGCUUCAUCUCGUACCCAAUAGCUCACUUCUUGCGGAAAAAUCCUGUGGUCAGACUUACUGCUGUCCCUGGUGUGUUUUUUCUCUCGUCAGCCAGACAAGGUUUUUCUUGGUUCUGCCUGUGAGGAAAGCAAUUUGCCUUUAUGAAUAUUAUUUUUUAAUUCCUUACACAAAUACAAUCUAUUCCAGUUUUUUUUUUCGAGAAUGAGACGAGAGUAAUGAAAAACAAUUGAUCAACAAACAAAUAGCUGUAAAGUCAAUAACCGAAAUUAAAUAGCUACAUCAGGAAAUUUGCUAUUUUUUUUAGUCUCGAAGUAAACAAUAAUCCAAAUCGUACUGUCCUACUGCUAAGAAACGGAACAGUGAACCGUCUAGUGAUGUUAGUCUAGUCAAGCAAUGCAGAGUGUGAAAGCGUCAAACAUGCUAAAAAUGUUUCUCUUUUGUAUUAACCAGGCAAGUUUAAUUCGAAGCAAAUAUAAACAUGUAGAAAUUUGUUGAUGAUGUAGUAAAUUUAAAAUAGCGAAACAAUGCUGGUAUCCAAGUAAUAAUAAUUUAUCAAUUGAAAACUAAAAAUAUUCACACACCCUGUAGGAAGGAGAAUAUG